AUGACAUCACAUUGCCUCCACCUCCCUCCCUGAUAGAAGAGAGAAAGAAGAAGAAGAUUCUAGAAGUCACCAGAGAGAUCACUGAGCUGCUGACAGGAGAGGUGAGCGGGUGCCGGGAAUUCUGGGACAUUCUCCAGUAAGGAGGAGUGGGAGUAUUUAGAAGGACACAAGGAUCUCUACAAGGACGUCAUGAUGGACAAUCAGCCGCCCCUCACAUCACCGGAUGGAUCCAGUCAUGGGAACCCACCAGAGAGAUGUCCCCGUCCUCUGUAUUCCCGGGAUUCCACACAGGAAGGUCACACCAUCCCUCACCAUCAUCAGAGUGGAAUCCUCGGGGAUGAUAAUAUUGAUGUUAAAGAAGAGUAUAAAGAGGAGGAUGAGGAGUAUGGAGUGAUGGAGGAGUUUUCAGAAGGACACAAGGAUAUGAUGGAGCCACCUAAUACCAGGAACCCACCAGAGAGAUGUCCCCAUCCUCUGUAUUCCCGGGAUUCCACACAGGAAGGUCACACCAUCCCUCACUAUUACAAGGGUGAAGAUCUGAUAGAUAUAAAAGUUGAGGUGAAAGCAGAAGAAGAAGAGACGUAUGUGAGGGAUGAUCAGCAGUCUAUGGAGGAGGAUGGAAUAACGGGGACAUUUAUAGAGGAGGACACUCCUACAGAGAUCAGCACAGUCCAUGGCCGGGAGAUGAGGAAAACCUCCGAGGAUUGUCUCACUUUGUCUCCAGACUGGAAAGUAGAAGAUGAUGAGGACAUCACACAGUAUAGUCCAGGAGAAAACCCGGCUCCCUCCAAUGUCCAUCCGGCACCACCCAGUGUAGAUGGACCAUCGGAUUCCUCGUAUCCUGAGGAACCUCAGACUGUGCAGGACCGGGCCGGCCUUCCAACAGGGAAGAGGUUCUCCUGUACUGAGUGCGGGAAAUGGUUCCCUUCUGAAUUCCGUCUUAAUGUGCAUAAAAGAUCUCACACAGGAGAGAAGCCGUAUUCAUGUCCUGAGUGCGAGAAAUGUUUUUCAGCUAAGUCCAAUCUUUAUAGUCAUCAGAGAUCUCACAUGGGAAAGAAACCAUAUUCCUGUUCUGAGUGUGGGAAAUGUUUUGCACAAAAAUCAACAUUUGUUGUACAUCAGAGACAUCACACCGGGGAAAAGCCAUAUUCAUGUCCCGAGUGUGGGAAAUGUUUUUCAGGCAAGUCUAGUCUUUACAGACAUCAGAGAUCUCACACGGGGGAGAAGCCACUUUCCUGUCCUGAGUGUGGGAAAUGUUUUGCAUACAAAACAGGACUUGUUAUACAUCAGAGAUGUCACACGGGGGAAAAGCCGUAUUCAUGCCCUGAGUGCGGGAAAUGUUUUUCAACUAAGUCCAGUCUUUAUAAUCAUCAGAGAUUGCACAAGGGACAGAAGCCAUAUUCCUGUUCUGAGUGCGAGAAAUGUUUUGCACAAAAAUCAAAACUUGUUGUACAUCAGAGAAGUCAUACGGGGGAAAAGCCAUAUUUCUGUCCUGAGUGUGGGAAAUGUUUUUCAGACAAGUCCCAUCUUUACAAACAUCAGAGAUCUCACAUGAGGAAGAAGCCACUUUCCUGUCCUUAGUGA